AUGCACCCUGCCGCCCAUGUCAUCAACGCCCGUACACUGGAAAUCUGGUACGAAGCAUCGCCUGAACUGGUUCACAAAGUCCAAAGCAAAGUUCCGCCAAUUGAUGAUUAUAACACUAUUCGCUGGUGCACCGAUAUCCAUGCCGACUCGCUAGGGGAGCUCAGCCUGCUCGAUUACCCUGAGCUGGUUCGUGAGUCACUAGACCACUCUCCUUUUCGAAUUUCUCAUUUAGGUCAGCACCUUCUCACGCCUCUCCUCUGGGAAGCUGUGGAGAGUGAGGAGCUGAUCGAAUUCCGCCGAGGGUGGCGAGCCAAUAUGGUCGGUCAGGCAGUCAACCUUACAAAACCAGGGCAGCUGGCUGUUGAAGCAGUUGCGCGGUACAUUGUUGCCGCUGACGGUGCCAACAGCCAGCUGCGCGAUGCUGCCGAUAUCGUUAUGGAGGGACCCGUACUGGCGAACAUGGGUAGUGUCUUUUUCAAAGCUCCGAGCCUCCAUGCAACCGCUUCGAGCCGCCCCCUGCUCAGUUGGAUCUAUAACCCCAAGUUUUGCGGCGUCAUGAUUGCUCAUUCAGACGACGACUUUGUAGUAAUGACGCCGUAUCUCCACCGCGCGCAAGAGAUCGCGCAAGACAGCCGUGCGUAUUGGACCAAGCUGCUGCCUGAUGUUAUCGGCAAUGACACCGAACACAAGAUCCACUCGACGGGGACAUGGACGAUGACUUCGCAGACGGCCUCGAGCUUCCGCCGUGAUAAGUUGCUAUUGAUCGGUGAUGCUGCCCAUAGGUUCCCCCACACUGGCGGGUUUGGUCUCAAUAGUGGCGUUCAAGAUGCCCACAACAUAGCCUGGAAAAUCGCCGCAAUCUUGCACUCCGGAGCCCCCGAUUCGCUUCUUGACACCUAUGAAACCGAACGGAAGCCAGUCGUCACGCGCUUCGCCGCGCAAAGCAUGAGCAAUCACUUCAAACUUGAUGAAGUCACGACCGAGCUUGGCAUUAGCAAUCGUAUGAUCCACCACGUCACCACCAUCGCCGGCAACCCUUGGUUGUCCUGGAUUCCCAAUCGUCUUGCGGCGGUUAUUGCUGACCUUCUGACGUCGGCGCAAAUCUCGCGCGCUAGCAUCCUUGUUGACCCUCGGCCCGACGCCGAAAAAGUGCGACAAAGCAUCGCAAAGAGAAUUCCCGGACAACUCGAGCACUUUGCCUCGCCUGGACUUGAGUUUGGCUAUAGCUAUCAAAGCUCUCUUAUCGAUGCCAGCGAAGGUUCUUGUCCUGACGGAAGUGUGACCCGUUACAGUCCUACGACACACCCUGGCGCCCGCCUUCCCCACACUGCGGUAUUUGACCAGAACAGUGACGACGCCAGCUCUUCGCAACAUGCAUCGCUGCAUCGCACGAUCAAGGGUGACAGCUUGACGCUUUACACCCCCGACCCGAACAAAUGGAUGGCUGGUCUAGAAGGCUCUUCUAUUACUGUUCCAAUCUCCGUAGUGUCUUUGAACGCCACUGACCCCAAACUUCGCAAGUCAGGCCUGGAUCUUCUCGAAAUCGACGACCACGGAGCUGUAAUCGUGCGACCUGAUGGCCACGUUAUAUGGCGAAGUCGUGCUGAUCCGAACAAUAAUGCUGCCGAAAUUGAGCGUCUGCAAAGUUUUCUAACACCGGUUUGGAGCACGAUAUAUCCGCCGCAGGGAAAUCUGUAG